AUCUUAGGCUAGUACCAUAACAAAACAAACCGAUUUCAACUAAAUUUUGUAUGAUUGAUAUAGCAAGUAUUAAUACCGUAACGAAACAAACCGAUAUCAUCCUAAUUCCAACUAGUUCAGAAACAGAAAUAAGCCAAAGUCAACUCAAACGAUCCAAAACGGGGAAAGGUGACUCGUUUUCUCCUUGUUUGACCUCCUUCUUCACCAUCCUAAUCUUGCAGUAAUUCAUUUGAAUACACUGUCGCCAUGAAGAAAAAGCUCGAUACUCGUUUUCCUGCUGUUCGGAUAAAAAAGAUAAUGCAAACUGAUGAGGAUGUCGGGAAGAUUGCCAUGGCCGUUCCGGUCUUAGUUUCCAAAGCAUUGGAAUUGUUCUUGCAAGAUCUUGUUGAUCGUACAUAUGAUAUCACCGUUCAUAGAGGAGCAAAGACGGUUAACUCACUGCAUUUAAAGCAUUGUGUUCAAAGCUAUAAUGUGUUUGAUUUCUUGAGGGAAGUUGUCAGCAAGGUCCCUGACUAUGGCAACUCGGAAGCUGGUGCUGAUGAUCGCCCUAUGACAAAGAGAAAGAAAGCUGCUGCUGAUGAGUUGAAUGGAAGUGAUGAAGAAUCAAAGAGAAACCGAUUGAUUGAAGUUGGACACACGAGCAGCACUGGAAGUGGCAGAGGCAGAGGUCGAGGCAGAGGAAGGGGUCGGGGCCGUGGCAGAGGCCGAGGCAGAGUACCAGCAGAACGAGAUCCUUCGUUGAUCGAACCAGAAUCAGAAUCUUCAACAUUCUCCGUUCAUGACAUCAGCAAGCCAAACCCGAGCCCACAGGAGCCGGUUGACAACCAUUCAGAGUCCAUUAAAGGCAAAAUCGCAGUUGUUGACAUUAUUCCUAAUACAGGUGUCAGAGACUUGGAUCUAAAUGCUGGUGUUGAUGAGAAUAUAGUAGGGCAUGCGGCUGCAGAUGGUGUUGCUGCACCUCCAUCACAACCACCUCCGCCACCACCGCCACCAGCUGUAGAGCCUAGUGAAGUUGCAAACAGUGAGUAUCCCGGGUGGUCGGUUUCAGAAAUCGACAGGAUGGCCAUUGACCCGCGUCUUGCACGAGUCGACUCGAGGUUGGAUGAGGAUGAUGAAGACUAUGAUGAAGAAUAGUGCGUGUGAAUCAUCAACAGUGGCUUCGUGUUGGGCGCUGAUUCACCAAGGCACAUGUAUGGUAGCCUCCCUAUUAUAUUUAUACAGUUAUUUAGUUUUCCUUGUUAUGUGUAUUAUGUAUUCUUCAUUUUCCUUUUUUGUUGUAGCCAUGUUAUCCUAUGCUUGUUGUGAGAUUGUUAACAAAAUAUUAAACAAUUAUACUCUGGCUGAAAUAUGGUCAUUAUAGGGUGAAAAUGAUCACAACUUUUAUUUGUGUUUGCA